AUGGCUCAGCGCAAGUUAUGUUCGGCUUGUAAUCAAAUGUUCAUGGGUUCAAAUCUUGGUUCACGCUAUCGUUGGAAAAAUUACCACUCUGUUGAUCAUGCUCAAUUGUUACUUUGCAUUGCGAUCGUUCUAUUCGGUAUUGUGGGCAAUAUUCUCAACAUACUCGUUCUAUCGCAGCGACCUCUCCGUUCAAAUCAUUGCGCAUGGCUUUUUCUCGUUUCAUCAAUUGUCAAUUUCGUUGGCAUUAUUGCUGAUCUCAGUACUCGAUUUUUAUCCACUUGGGGUGCUGAUCUAACAAAUACGAAUCAAGUUCUUUGUAAACUUCGUAUCUUUAUUCUCUUUGAUUCUAUAACUGUUGCCUUGUGGCUUAUCAUGUUGGCCACUGUCGAUCGAUGGUUUUCAUCAAGUACUGAUGUCAACCGACGACAAAGAAGCACAUUGAAAACUGCACAAAGAGGGAUGAUUAUUAUUGUUGUUCUUUCAAGUAUUAUCGAGACACAACAGCUCUAUGGCUUUGAAGUCAAUCUCACGUAUACUCCAAUCAAAUGUUAUACGAAAACAGUUGCAUGUAGUCUUGUAUCAAACCUAACUUUUGCUCUGAUUACUAUCAUAUUCCUGUUACAACUUAUGAUGAUAUUUGGUUUGAUGACUAUCUCGAAUGUACGUCAUAUACAAUCUCGUUUACAGCCAGCCAGUAUGGCAGAAGGUAGUCGUGCUGUCGAUGGCCCAUCAACACUCACAGCUGGAACUCAGAACCAACAGAAGAAAACUGAUCGUCAACUACUGAUCAUGCUUUCGUACAAGUUCUUAUCAUGCUUCUAUUCACCACUCCAGUAG